AUGGACUCCCUUAUUGCAGCAAAUAGCAAAUUUUGCUUCGAUUUUUUUCAAGAGAUUAGCAAAAGGGACAUUCAUAAAAAUGUCUUUGUCUGCCCCCUGAGUCUCUCAGCUGCCUGUGCUAUGAUUCGCCUAGGAGCUAGAGGUAACAGUGCACAACAGAUCGAUGAGGCAUUACAUUUCAAUGAAGUUUCCAAGGACAAAAGCGAAGAACCCAAUGACCCCCAGUCAAAAAGUGAGAAAGAAGGGUCUGGUGGCUCUCUGGAAGGGCAGAAGGAGACGCCAGGGUCUCAGGAUCAGCAGGUGAGUGAAGCUACAAAUGAGAAUGAAGUGCUCAGCUACCACUUUGGGAAUCUUCUGUCUAAAUUAGAUAGAGAUAAAUCUUAUUACACUCUAACUAUGGCCAACAGACUCUAUGGAGAGCAGGAAUUCCCAAUCUGCCCGGAAUACUCAGAUGACGUAAUUCAAUUUUACCACACGACGGUUGAAAGUGUAGAUUUUCGGAAGGAUUCUGAGAAGUCGAGACAAGAGAUUAACUUCUGGGUUGAAAGUCAGUGCCAAGGUAAAAUCAAGGAACUCUUCGCCAAGGAGGCUAUUGAUAAUUCGACUGUGCUAGUGCUCGUGAAUGCUGUUUACUUCAAAGCCAAGUGGGAGAAAUAUUUUGACUGUGAAAACACGGUUGAUGAACCUUUCUUUCUAAGUGAGGAUGAGAAGAAGACUGUAAAGAUGAUGAAUCAGAAGGGUCAGUUUCGAAUUGGCUUUAUAGAGGAGCUACAAGCUCAGAUUCUGGAAAUGAAGUACACCGUGGAGAAACUCAGCAUGCUGGUCCUGCUUCCAUCUAGCUCAGAAGACAAUGUGAAGAGCCUGCAAGAGCUUGAAAAGAAAAUAAGCCAUGAAAAACUAAUGGCCUGGAGUAGCUCGGAAAAUAUGGCAGAAGAACCUGUAGCCAUUUCCUUCCCCCAGUUCAUUAUGGAAGACAACUAUGAUCUCAAAUCGGUUCUACAAGACAUGGGCAUUAAGGAUGUCUUUGAUGAGACAAAGGCUGACCUUACUGGAAUCUCUAAGAGCCCCAAUCUGCAUUUGUCCAAAAUUGUCCACAGGAGCUUCGUGGAGGUGGAUGAGAUGGGCACGCAGGCAGUGGCAGCCAGCGGCGCUGUCGGUGCCGAGAAGGCCCUUCCAUCUUGGGUGGAGUUUAAGGCCAACCGCCCUUUUCUCUUUUUCAUCCGACACAACCCAACCCAAGUCAUUCUUUUCUGUGGUAGAGUCUACUCUCCUUGA